CCUUCUACGCACUACUUCCUUUACAUGUAUAAAGCCGUCUCGUCUUUCUCUCUGAAACAUCUGAUUGUUUAUAUAUACCAGAACUGGUUCUAUACCCAGAAGUUGAAAUUGAAAAUCAAAGAUGGGUUUUAUAUUGAAGGAGGAGAAGUCGAAGAAGGUCCUGAGGGGCGUGAAGACUGUGUUCUUCUUGAUCACCAUGUUGAUUUCUUUGCUUCUGUUCUCGGCGCCGAUUCUUCUCGUCAUCGCCGAUACGCUUCUCCCCUCGGCGCUUCUCUCGGCUUCUUCCUCGGCCUCUCUCUCUCUCGAAACUCUCUCUUCCCAUUUUAGCAACUACGAUUUUCGGUACUCGCUCGUUGAUAUUCCUCUCAUCUCCAUUAUAAGAUCCGCCGUUAUAUUCUGUGUUUAUAGCUUCUGCGACGGGCCGAGACUUUCACACGGGCCCUAUUUAGGGAUCACCACCGUGUGCUCUGUUCUAUCCCUCGUGUUUGUUUCGUUCAAAGCUUCUUUUGUGUUCGGUGCUCCGGUGGUUUCGGGUUCGGGUGCGGAGGAGGAAGGAGGAGAGUAUUUGAGAGCCUCCGAGAUAGCUCUGUUCAUCUGCUCUUUUGCUUUGGCCGUCGGGCAUAUUGUGGUGGCGUAUAGGACGAGUUGCAAAGAAAGAAGGAAGCUUUGGGUUUACAAAAUUGACAUCGAAGCUAUUUCAGCUUGUAAAAAUGGGUUUCCGAGGUACCAGAAGAAACUUCAAGAAGCCGAAAAGGUGAAGUCAUUAGUAUAGUAGCCGACUAAUCGCCCAUGAAGCUAUUUUCGCUGUGUGAUUUCGUCAUUAUACAGAUAUUUAUUAAGAGGAAUCACGAUACUGGUGGAGGCAAAAUAUAUGACAAUAGUAUAAGAGGCUCUAGCAACCGCUCGCUGUUACCCGUUGUAAACCGGUGGUUGUGUAUCAUUCAUUACAUAGUAGAGAUUAUAGAGCUAGGCUAACAUUUGCGGCAGAUAUCUUCAAUUUUUGCUUCUAUUCAUCAAAUGUACAGAUAAAGUUUGUAUAUAAAGGAUAGGAUACUAGGAAGUAGCCGAAGGCUGUUGUGAACUUCUGCGUGAAAUCAAUGGGAUCAGUUUAUUCACUCA